AUGCGUUUGGUGAUGUGGGUCAUGGUGAUUUAUCUCAGCAUUGCAGCCGUGUCCGUCAUGUCCAACUCCAAUGGCACCACUCCUCUGUGCGAUGGCUCCGUCGAGGACUGUCUCAAUGUCCACCAUUUGGAUUCACAGCUUCCCACCGUCUCCAGCUCCCACUUACGCAGAAUCCUUGAUCAAACUGCUAAGGAAGUGGUUCCUGGUACUAUGAACCCUAGUAAGGCGAGCCCCGGUUGUCGGAAUGUGGGUCAAUUUUAUCUGAAUUGUGGGUCCAGUAUUAAGGAUAGUAUUCAAAACCAUUGUGCUGAAGCUCCCCAAAAUAGGCGUUGCUCUGAUAUUAAUCCUGAAAAUUCAAAAUGA